AUCGCCGCCUUUCCUGCCUCGGGGCGGCCUUAGAGAGGCAGUGGGGCGCCCCCUCCCCGCCUGGACCAUGAUCAGCCGGAAAGACACCCGGCGGGCUGUGGAGAUCCUAGCCAGGUACCAGGGCAUUUUGCGGUCCCCGGAGGAGCAGCCUCUGCAAGGAUCCAUCGAGAAAGUGGUUCACAUCUUUCAGAGUGAGCUCUUCCAGGCACUGCUGGAUAUCCAGCAAUGUUAUGAGUUGAACUUGCUCUCUGCCUGCGAGCAGGAUGGGACAGUGGAUCUGGAGCCUGGCAGGCUGUCCAAGAACCAGGAGGAAGGAAGCGCAAGGAGCUAUCUGGACAGCCAUGGCGGUUACAGACAGACCCUGCAGGGGAAGCUACAGGGACGAGCAGCUUGGAACCCGGCUCUGGGGCCAGCACCACGGCUGGUGCGAGUGACGGAGACCAGCACGGAGUUGCCAGCGCAAGUGUGCAGCGUAGUGGUGGGUGUCUGCAGCUCCUUGCCCAAGGCCAGCCCUUCACCCAUUAUUGUGAACACGGAUGCCCUGGAGCCCACCCUCUCCGUGAAUGGCAGUGACGGGAUGUUCAAGUACGAAGAGAUUGUCCUGGAAAGGGGUAACUCUGGCCUUGGAUUUAGCAUCGCUGGAGGCAUCGAUAACCCGCACAUCUCCGACGACCCCGGCAUUUUCAUAACGAAGAUCAUCCCGGGAGGAGCAGCCGCCAUGGAUGGCCGGCUGGGGGUGAACGACUGCGUGCUGAGGGUGAACGAAGUGGACGUCUCUGAGGUGGUGCACAGCAAGGCCGUGGAGGCGCUGAAGGAGGCGGGGCCGGUGGUGCGACUCCUCGUGAGGCGGAGGCAGCCCCCGCCAGAAACCAUCAUGGAGGUCAACCUGAUGAAAGGACCCAAAGGACUCGGCUUCAGCAUCGCUGGUGGCAUUGGGAACCAGCACAUCCCUGGAGACAACAGCAUCUACAUCACCAAGAUCAUAGAAGGUGGGGCGGCCCAGAAGGACGGGCGGCUGCAGAUCGGCGACCGGCUGCUAGCAGUGAACAACACCAACUUGCAGGACGUGCGGCACGAGGAGGCCGUGGCUGCGCUGAAGAACACCUCGGAUAUGGUGUACUUAAAGGUGGCCAAGCCAGGCAGCUCCCACCUCAACGACAUGUACGCACCACCCGACUACGCCAGCACCUUCUCCGCCUUGGCCGACAACCACAUAAGCCAUAACCCUGGCCUGGGCUACCUAGGAGGCAUGGAGAGCAAGCCGGCCUACCCUGCUCCACCACAGGUCACCCCUGCUCGCUACUCACCCGUGCCACGCCAUAUGAUCGGUGAUGAGGAUUUCACCAGGGAGCCUCGGAAGAUCACGCUGCACAAAGGCUCCACAGGCUUGGGUUUCAACAUCGUUGGCGGUGAGGACGGCGAGGGCAUCUUCGUCUCCUUCAUCCUGGCGGGCGGCCCUGCUGACCUGAGCGGGGAGCUCCGUCGUGGAGACCGCAUCCUCUCGGUGAACGGCGUCAAUCUCCGGAAUGCAACACACGAGCAAGCGGCGGCGGCGCUGAAGAGGGCUGGGCAGACGGUCACCAUUGUAGCCCAGUACAGGCCUGAAGAGUACAGCCGCUUUGAGUCUAAGAUCCAUGAUCUCAGAGAACAGAUGAUGAACAGCAGCAUGAGUUCGGGAUCUGGGUCACUUCGGACAAGCGAAAAGCGGUCUCUGUAUGUCCGGGCCCUCUUUGAUUAUGACCGAACUCGAGACAGCUGCUUGCCCAGUCAAGGACUCAGUUUUUCUUAUGGGGACAUCUUGCAUGUGAUCAAUGCCUCGGAUGAUGAGUGGUGGCAGGCGAGGCUAGUGACACCUCAUGGAGAGAGUGAGCAGAUUGGGGUCAUCCCUAGCAAGAAGAGAGUGGAAAAGAAGGAAAGGGCACGUUUGAAAACUGUGAAGUUCCAUGCCCGAACCGGGAUGAUAGAGUCCAACCGGUCGAUCAAAACGAAACGUAAAAAGAGUUUCCGCCUCUCUCGAAAAUUCCCAUUUUACAAGAGCAAAGAGAACAUGGCCCAGGAGAGCAGCGGACAGGAACAGGGUGUGACGUCAAACACCAGUGACAGCGAGAGCAGUUCCAAAGGACAAGAAGACACAAUUCUGUCAUAUGAGCCUGUGACACGGCAAGAAAUUCACUAUGCGAGGCCAGUGAUAAUUCUGGGACCCAUGAAAGACCGAGUCAAUGAUGACCUCAUCUCAGAGUUCCCACACAAAUUUGGCUCCUGCGUGCCACACACUACCAGGCCCCGGCGUGAGAAUGAGGUAGACGGGCAGGAUUACCACUUUGUGGUGUCACGGGAGCAAAUGGAGAAGGACAUUCAAGACAGCAAGUUUAUUGAGGCUGGGCAGUUCAAUGACAAUCUCUACGGGACCAGCAUUCAGUCUGUGCGGGCAGUAGCAGAGCGGGGGAAGCACUGUAUCCUUGAUGUAUCUGGCAAUGCUAUCAAGAGGUUGCAGCAAGCACAACUGUAUCCUAUCGCGAUUUUCAUCAAGCCAAAAUCUAUUGAAGCGCUCAUGGAGAUGAAUCGAAGGCAGACGUAUGAACAAGCCAACAAGGUGUUUGACAAAGCCAUGAAAUUGGAGCAGGAGUUUGGAGAGUAUUUUACAGCCAUUGUACAAGGAGACUCUCUGGAAGAGAUUUACAGUAAAAUCAAACAGAUAAUAGAGGACCAAUCUGGGCAUUAUAUCUGGGUCCCGUCCCUUGAGAAACUGUGAAGUCCCCACCCUCCAAUCAACUUGUGAGAAGACCAGAGACCCCCUCCCCCAGCCCUCUGCCCCAAAAAGGGGGAGUGACAAGACCAUCCCUAUCCCUUUUUUAGAUGGUUGACAAUUGAGUUUUCUAGUCCUGUUUUUCUUUUUCUUGGGAUGGACCAAUCUCCUUCAUCAAGUGACUGUCCCCACCAUUCCUGCAUGGACCUUCCUGCUGCUCCCUUAGAAAUGGAGACAAACCCCAUUUGAGAGUUUUGUGUGUUUUUUAAUUAAAAAAAAAUUACGAUCAGCAGUUAAAGUCAAGAAGCAAGACGGGAGGUGGCAGGUGAGGACUAGCCAAAAGAGCUGCCAAAGCAAUGGACUUGGACAGUGACUGCCCCUGUAAACACGUUGAGGACUGGCGACCUGGGGCAGCUUUUCCAAGAGUGCAGUGAUCACCCAGCACUGUGACUGAAGGAAAGGCAACAGAAUGCAUUUAUUUAUCUAUAUAUGUAAUUAUAUAUAAUAUAUAUGCUAUAUAUAUAUUAUAUAUAUAUAUAUGGACUAGAAACCAUGAUGGGGUUGCUUAAGUGGUACUUUGUUAGCGCAAGAAUUGUGUUGCUGCCAUGCUUCACGCAUCGGGCGCAGAGACCUAUUGUGGCUGGAGGUGAAUUUAACGGUACCAAGUGUGUGUUGGGUGUUGCUCAGUGGUUUUUCCAAAGCCAAUUCUGUGCAGAAGGCUGGAUUUGGAAAGAGCAGAGAAGCUGGCACUGUGAUUGUGGAGCAAGCAGAGGGACCAGAACCACAUGUGAAGUGACAGCAGUUGAUUUGAGCACGAGAAAGCAAAUGACUAACGCUACAUAUUACUUGCACAUUGUUUUUAUGUCACCUGAUGUGUUUGCAUGAGAGGUUUCUUCUUCUUUUUUUUUAAGCUGGUGUUAAACCAAAAUCAUGUUUGUGUUGGUGUGUUGGCUUUUCAUUAUUCCAAGCUUUUGAUUUUAAUAAUGAACUGAACGGGUAUACAAUCCAGUUUUUUUAACUUAUUUUUUAAGAUUGUUCCAUUGUAAAUAGAUUCCAGACCCAGGCCCAACCUACAGACCAUGUGGAAUGAGCACACCAACUGUUCUGUGUUGCAAUGGGGUCACUUCCCUGUAGAGAGACUAAACUCCAUCCCACUGACUUGUUCUGAUGGAAGAACAUUGAGUUCUGUGCAGUGAAAAGCUGGAUGCAGCAGCAGCAGACAAUGGGAAGAGAAGCUGUGUUUUGGAGGGACACGAUAUUCCGACCCUGUGAUGGAAUUUAGGACAAACUUCUCUGGGAAUCCUUAUUUUAGCAGAAUUGUGUCAAAUUCUGGUUGCAACACUUGAAGCCCUCCCUGAACAAGCACAUCAUCGGGGGCUCCAUGAAGAAAAGCGCCAUCUCUCUUAAUUUGCAUUUCUGCAUAAUUCUGGUUGCAGAGUUGGGCCCCAACCACUCCUCGCUACCAACCUCUGCUUGCAGUUCUUCAGGACAGGAAAGGGCAGGUGGAAUUCAGACUGCUCUCUGUCGUGAGGCACAGACUGUUAGUCUUCCAUGGGAAGCCUUGACAUGUGCUCAUCUAAGUAAUGUCUGUCGAUGUAUAAACUGUAUGGUUGCAAAGAGUUUCUUGUCGAUCACUGAACAAGAGAAUAAGUUGGAUCAGUGAGAGUUCUGGGAGGAGUUUUCAAUCAUUCCUACUUUGGUACAAGCCCUUGCCCGUUAGCCAAAGGGGAAGAUUUGCUCACUGUCCUAGUCUCACCCCCGUCCCCAAUUUGAAACAGGUGAUUGUACACAUCUGGUUUCCGUGGAGUGAGAGCCAUGGCUGCUGUGGGAGGAGACCCGAGUGUUCCUGGUCCUGAUUCAGUGAGAAGGACCAGGCCUCAGAUUGUAGCAGAGUGAUGCUGCCCACUCCAUAGCUGGUAGGUAGCUGUGUCAUUCAUUGUGUGAUUUGUGCACGGGCUUCAUUGUUAAAUAUGGGUGAAAACUGUCAUCUUGCGGAGAUUCAUUCUGGUAAGCAAGAAGCCGCUUCCACAUCAGCUGGUGUUGCAAGAAACUUCAAGUGGACCUUUGGUAGUACUAGAGCUGCUGUUUGCUGGCAGGACUGUGAAGAAGAAAGACGAGGGAGCUGCUACCAUGUACGAAUCCCUGACUGAGGGAAUUUGGACGAGGGGCUGCCACCUACUUCCUCUGCUCCGUUGGUGCUGCAUGGCACGGUCUUGAGAACUGGCCUGCGCACACUAGAAACAGCUUCUGAGGUGGUUAGUCUCCAAGCUCCGACCCCUUUUCUUUUCUAAUAGCCUGUCACCUUGUCUUCUAGGCCCAUGGAGGAAAGGCUCUAUUGUACUCCAUGGCAUAGUUGAAAGUAUCAAUCAUGACACUAGUUGGUUUACCAGUGUUUCUUCCGAGGAGGCAUAUAUUUUUAAUAAACAGAACGUUGCAAUGAA